CUAGUAGGCAGCAGAGAUUAUCCGAGCAGAUGUCGUUUCCCACCCCAUGUAUUGAAACAGUGGGGCCAAUAAUAAUAAACGCGCGCGCACGCAGGCACACUCAGGAGAGAGGCUUUCUGCCGCUGCGCAUCUCUCCUCUUUCCACUUUCUGACACCAGGGUCGCAGCUCCAGUCUCAACAACUUUUGACGUUAUUCCGGGGUGCAUCUCUCUCGCUUCCGACAACAAACGGGCACCAUGAGUGAACGAGUCUUGAAAUGGCUCCUGUGCUAUUUGGCUCUGUUCACUUUUUGCCUUGACGAAGUGUGGGGACAGAUCCGCUACUCUAUCCCAGAGGAGCUGGAACACGGGGCUUUCGUGGGCAACAUCGCGGAGGACCUGGGCUUGGAUCUGGACAAGCUGUCCACGCGCAGAUUCCGCAUAGUGUCCGGCUCCAAGAAGCAGUACGUGGAGGUCAACUUGGAGAACGGCGUCCUGUUUGUCAACGAGAGAAUCGACCGAGAAGAAUUGUGCGAGCAGGGUUUGUCCUGUUCCUUCCACUUGCAAGUUGUGAUAGAAAACCCUCUGGAGCUGUACAGGGUGGAGAUCGAGAUUCUGGACGUGAACGACAACUCCCCGAGCUUCCCCUGGACCGAGAUCAACCUGGACAUCUCAGAAUCUGCUGCGCCCGGAUCGCGUUUCCCUUUGGAGAGCGCGCAGGACCUGGACGUGGGAUCCAACUCGCUGCGCACCUACUUGCUGAGCGUAAACGAGCACUUCCACCUGGACAUCCAGACGCGCAGCGACGGGAGCAAGUUCGCGGAGCUGGUCCUGCAAACCCCGCUGGACCGGGAGCAGCAGAGCGCCCAUCAGAUGGUGCUGACCGCCGUGGACGGAGGGACACCGGAGAGGUCAGGCACCGCGCAAAUCUACAUCACGGUGUUGGACGCGAACGACAACGCGCCGGUGUUCGACCAGUCGUUUUACAGAGUGAGGCUGGCGGAAAAUGCGCCAAAAGGCACGGUGGUGAUAAAGCUCAACGCGUCGGACCAGGACGAGGGUCCGAACGCGGACAUCGCAUACUCCUUCAGCGGCCACGCACCCUUAAAGGUGCGCCAGCUUUUCAGCGUGGACCCACGCACGGGAGAGAUCAAAGUGAAAGGCGUGAUCGAUUACGAGAAGGCAAGGAUGCACGAAAUUUACGUGCAGGCGAAAGAUAAGGGUCCCUCCGCCGUGGCGGUCCACUGCAAAGUCCUCGUCAAUGUCCUGGACAAGAACGACAACCUGCCGGAGGUCAUACUGACCUCGGUAUCCACACCUGUGCAGGAGGACGCGCCGCCCGGAACGGUGAUAGCCGUCAUCAGUGUGAUGGAUAAAGACUCGGGGGAGAAUGGCAACGUGGACUGCGAGAUUCCGCACCACGUCCCGUUCCAGCUCCACUCCUCCUUCAAGAACUACUACACCUUAGUGACCUCAGACUUUCUGGAUAGAGAGUCUGUGGCAGAUUACAACAUCACCGUCACUGCCAGAGAUAUGGGUUCUCCUCCUUUGUUCACAAGGAAAACAAUCAUCGUUCAGGUGUCCGACGUGAAUGACAAUGCGCCUCGUUUCAAACAGCCGUCCUACACAGUUUACCUCACUGAGAACAACGCACCGGGAGCGUCCGUCUGCUCCGUGACCGCAAAGGACCCAGACUCGGGUCAGAAUGCGUACUUAUCGUAUUCUAUUCUGGAAGGAGACAUACAAGGGAUGCCGGUGUCCACGUAUGUGUCCAUAAACUCGGACAGCGGGAACAUUUACGCGCUGCGCUCCUUCGAUCACGAGCAGCUGAAACACUUCCAGGUUACAGUGCAGGCUCAGGACGCGGGGUUCCCCCCUCUGAGCAGCAACGUCUCGGUCAGCAUCUUUAUCUUGGACCAAAACGACAACGCGCCCGUGAUCGUGUCCCCCGUUACGCAGAACGGCACCGCGCCGAACGAAAACGUGCCCAGAUCGGUGGACGCUGGCUACCUGGUGGCUAAGAUCAACGCGGCAGACGCAGACGCGGGUCAGAACUCGCGCCUUUUUUAUCAAAUGCUCCAGGCCACGGAUCCCAGCUUGUUCAGCGUGGCUCUGUACACAGGGGAGAUCAGGACGAUGCGCCAGAUAGAGGAGAAAGAGCCCACCAGGCACAGGCUGGUCAUUCUGGUGAAGGACAAUGGUCAGCCGCCCCUCUCGGCCACGGUUUCCAUCAUUUUGUCAGUAGUUGACAGCCUGUCAGAUUUACAGCCUGAUUUGGGUGACCGGUCACAGAGCCCGCAUCACAGCUCCAGCUUCACUCUGUACUUAAUCAUGGCUCUGGGUGCAGUCUCCUUCACAUUCCUGCUGGCCAUCAUCGUCCUCGUCGCAGCGAGGAGACUGAAGGGCAGAGUGGACAGCAAGACGUCCGGCCUCCCCUCCAUCGGCGGCUGCUGCGGUUGUUGUUCCCAUUCACAGCUGGCCUCCUCCAACACCAACACCACCACCACCACCACAGAGGUUUUCAAAAAGUCCAACCUGAACGUUCGCAUGUCCGCUGCAAGUGCGUCAGGUUGCGCGGAGGCGAGCGGCGGCGCGCACCCGCAGGUGUACUGCUACAAAAUGUGCCUGACCCCGGAGUCAUCCAAAAGUGACUUUAUGUUCCUCAAACCUUGCAGUCCGGUUCUGUCAGUUCAGCAGAACAACACCAAGAGCACGGACUACCUGACCUCCAGUUGGAGCACGCUGGAGCACAAUGAGCUGUCCAACAACAGAGCAGCGACCCCGAAUGAGCUCAAGUAUUUGCAUAAGAACUUGACUUGGACCAAGAAUCAGCGUAACUCAGCUUACAAAAGAUAUAGCUCAGAUAAUAUGGAGGGAACUCUUUCAAGGCAGCCAAAGUGUGACCCUGAUGGUUUCGCCUGCACUGUGGCGCCACAGUACUGGACUUGGGGAAACCAAAUGAACGACUGCAAGAGAUCUCUUCAAGAGGAAGCGCCUCCUAACUGCUCGUGGACUCCGAAGCACGCUCAGCUUCAUUCGGAGGGAGCGGAUUAUCAGCACAACGUUUACAUUCCCGGAACGCCGUCCGGCUACAGCACGCUGAAGCUGACGCCCAGAGGAGACCUGGAUGUCUACAACACCUUCUCCACCUUUGGCAAGAAAAAGAAAUUCAUCUCCAACUACGAGCAAACUUUUGACGCGGACGACGGUGUCAUGAGCAAUUCUAUUUUCAAAUGAGAUGCUGCACACUUCCAAACUUUUACGUUGGCAACGUUUUUUGUAAACAAGAUAAAACUUUUCUUAGAGACUUUGCUGUUGCCCUAAACUGCACACAAGAAUUUCAGUUUUCAGUGGAUCGAUGACAGAUUUGUACUGAAGCUUAUAACUAACGUCUCACGUGGCAACCAGUCAUUCUUAAUGCAUAUUUACAGGAAACAAGUUGAAACAAAGUGAAAUAUUUUACUUUUAGCACAGCAGCCUUCCCCUUCAUUUCCACCCUUGAUACAAAUGUUUGAAAAGCUCUGAAAUAAAUGUAUUUUUCAUUUGAGCAGCAUAAUCUUCUACUGAAAAAUAUAAGAAAUGUCCACAAGAAGAAAUGCAUUCUUACUUGAAUGCAUUUCUUGAAUGGGGAAAAGAUAAUUCUACAUUAAGAGGUCAUUGUUUAUUACAAAACCAAAGAGAGCACCGAUCCUGGUGAGAUAAAUAUAACUGAAGAAGGCUGUAUAUUCAGACUUUUUUUUCUUUUUUUUAGGUUAAUCAGUGUCUAGGAGGUAUGUACUUUCUGACUCAUGACUUCCUGUUUAACAAGUAUAUGACUUAUGUGGACGUCUUUGAGGGGUUGGAGUAGGGUGGGAGUUUGGGGUGCAGUAUGUUUUUGUUAAACAUCUUGAGAAACUUAAUAAACCUUGUACUUCCUGUAUUAAAGUAAAUAAAUUCAGUAUAGUCCUUUGUACAUAAACAUUCUACUUUAAUCUAUUGAAACACAUAUAAAUAUAUCUAUAUUUUUCAAUUCAAUUUAUUGCAGCCCUUCUGAAAAUGAUCAUUACUUUAAAAAUGAAUCCUAACAUUCAUGUGUUUUCGGUGCUUACAACUUUUUUACCUGCUGAUUCAUUUUACUUGUUUUUUUUCUGAUGCAAACAACGCAUCUCUGCGAGUGCUGAUAUUCACAGGUAUAUUUUGGAUAAAAAAUUUGCAGUCAUUUUCCUGUCAGUUUGAUUAAAGGCGGUCAUUACCCAAGCUGCGCUGUCACCGCUUGAAAUGACUUCCGGGCUUUCUACAGCUCACUAGAUAUGAGCUGUAAAAACCCUUUAGGUCCAGUGAAUAAUGUAUUGGGUAUCAGUAUGAAUUAUUAAUAAAUCCUUCUUUGAAAAU